CUUCUUGAAGAAGACAAAUGACAGAUUACUCUAUUUGUAAUCAAAAAUGUAUACAAAAAGUAUUUAUCUUAAAACGAAAUAAUUUCUGAUUUCGUUGUUUUUAUUCACCACUCACUCAAUAAAUAAACCAAAGUGUUGUAUUGUAGUGUCACUUAAAUGUGCAAGUAAAAGUAUAUUUGGAGACUAGGACUUUCCUACUGGACAAUAUGAAUCCGAUGUAUGAUUUCAUACAGAGGAACAGAGUUCUAGCUAAAAUCGAAAAAGCCCAUCAGUCCAAAGCUUCCAAUUUAGAGUUGGACGAUUUUGAUCUCAACCAUUUUCCUGAAGCUUUAUUAAAUUGUACUGAAUUAACAUGUUUAAAUUUAGGACACAAUAGACUGACAUCAUUACCUGUACAACUAUUUCAACUUAACAAUAUCCUUAACUUGAAUCUUGAAUAUAAUUCCUUGGAUAAGUUUCCAACAGUACUGAAAGAUCUUCCAAAUCUGACAACAUUGAAUAUAAGUCAUAAUCCAAUUAGAUCUCUGGCUUGCAUCGGGGGACUUGUUAAUUUGGAAGUGUUAUGGUGUAAUAGUUGCUGUUUACAAUCAUUACCAGAAGAAAUUGGAAAUUUGGUGAAACUCAAUACCUUAGGAGCAAGACAUAAUCAGCUGUUGAACCUGCCAAAAUCUAUUUGUAACUUGGAAAAAUUAAGAUGGCUCACCCUUGAAGAUAAUAAAUUACAUUCGAUACCAAAGAAGUUUGAAUGUUUGCAGCAGUUGAUUCAUUUGAAUUUGAACAGAAACAAUUUCAAUUAUAUUCCUUUGCAACUAACAAAAUUAAAAAAUUUACGAUAUUUGCACCUACAAAGUAAUGAAAUUUAUAUAGUUCCAGAUGCAAUAAUUAGCAAUAUGGAUUAUGUCAAAAUAAACUUAUUGAAAAACCCUCUAUCAUAUCCAGAAGAGUUGAAUAGAUUAUACCCAAAUUUAAUUUUACCUGGGAUAGAACUACACAAUGGACUAGAAGACUUUCAGUUAGAUUCUGACGAUAGCAGCUCUGACGAUUGGGAAAAUAGUUUAGGAAGUUCUGAAUUGUACUAUUCACAUUCAGAAUCCAGUAGUGAAGAGGAAGAAGUACUGGUUGAAAUACCGAAAUUGUCUAAAUAUCUCGUCACUUUUUGAAAUCAAGGCUGUUAGUAUACCAAAUUUAUUUGUUUUUAUCGUUAUCAAUACUGAAAAAGUUUACUUUUGAUAGUUAUAACCAUUUUUUAAGAGUUUUAUGUGGGUUAUUGUGAAUUAACUAAAUUAAAUAUGUUGAUAUCAGUUUCAUGAUCA